UUACAAAUCGUGUUGCACAAAUAAGUGCCCCAAAAUGGUUGACAACAUAACAUUAAACAUCUGUACAAAACCGUUGCCAAGAAAGGCGACGACGGCGGCUUCGACACAAAAUGUGCUGAGUAAAAAACAAAAACGUGCAGCGCCAGCCGGAUUUGAUUUUCAAUUCAAUGUGGACAAGCCCAAGAUUAAGGCACUUGUGGUGCGGCGUCGCGCUAAGACAACGACCACGACCCCGACCAUGCCAACCCGCCCACCAGCAGCGCCUGCAUCCGCCAGCGAUUUGCUGUUCAAUGCGAGCAUGCCAAAGAACACAGAGCAACAAUUAAAGAAAACAUCCAGCAAAGAGCCGCUCAGCGACUUUAUGUUCAAUGUCAGCGUGCCGCAGGAUGAAGAGCCCAUCAAGCCCAAGCCACAGUCAGCCGUGGCCACUGCCAGCGCCAACAAGACAAAGAGCGGAAGAGAAAGAGCGGGGAUUAUUAGUAAAGAGCAGUUGAAGGAUGUAAUCAAGAAGCAAGGACAAGGACAGAAUCCCAACAAGCAGCCGCGAGCCGGUGAUCUAUUCAAGGCGCAGCUGGACAAAGAGCACAGACGUAAGCGCGAGGAGACAUAUGGUGCAGCAGUAGCAGCUCCAGAAAAGGAAGCGGAGGCGGAUACGGAGCCAAAGAAAUCAGUUCAGCCAGUGAAUAAAUUUCGCAGCACAAAGAAGAUUGGCCUGUUCGAUCAGAGCGACGUGGCGGCACUGAAACAACUGGGCCAGCGUGCUGUCAAACCGGUCAAGGAGACAAUAUUCAGCGGCAGCAAGGUGGAGUCUCUGGGUCUGCAUGCACAUGCCGUCAAGAAUCUAAAGGAUCUGCUGAGCAUUAGCCAAUUGACGAGCGUGCAACAGAAGGCCAUACCACAGGUACUGGCUGGCCGGGAUGUGCUCGUUCGCUCCCAAACCGGUUCCGGCAAAACGCUGGCCUAUGCCCUGCCAAUGGUGGAACGCUUGCAGUCGCAGCUGCCGCGAAUUAAGCGCACCGAUGGCGUGCUGGCGCUCAUCAUUGUGCCGACGCGUGAGCUGGCGCUGCAGACAUACGAACUGUUCCAGAAGCUGGUCAAGCCCUACACAUGGAUUGUGCCGGGCGCCCUGCUGGGCGGCGAGAGUCGCAAGAGCGAGAAGGCACGCCUGCGCAAGGGCAUCAAUGUGCUGCUGGGUACACCUGGUCGCCUCGUCGAUCAUCUGCUGCACACGGCCAGCUUUCGGCUAUCGAAGCUGCACUUUCUCGUCCUCGACGAGGCCGAUCGUCUGCUCGAACUGGGCUACGAGCGUGAUGUCAAACAGCUGGUCGAGGCCAUUGACAAACAGCGGACCGAGGAUAUCGAACAACAAAAGAAUGAAAUCGAAGCCAAUGUACAGAUAAAUGCUCCCGUUGCCAUGCAGCGUCUGUUGCUUAGCGCCACGCUGACCGCCCAGGUGCAGCAGCUGGCCGGACUAACGCUCAAGGAUCCCAUCUACAUCGAUAAUAGUGAUGAGGCGGCGGAUGCGGCGCUCAAGGGCAACAAUGGCUAUCACAAGGACACCAUUGAGGCGCAAUCGAAUGAUGACGACGGUCUCGGCGAGUAUCUGGAGGAUGUGACCGGUGUGCUGAGCAUUCCAGAGAAUCUCCAGCUCAGCUAUGUGAUUGUGCCGCCCAAAUUGAGACUGGUCACCAUUGCGGCGCUGUUCGCCAAGGAGCUGGCCGCCAAUCCCAAGCAAUUCAAGGCCAUUGUGUUCAUGAGCACCACGGAAAUGGUCAACUUCCAUCAUGAUGUACUCAACGAGGCCCUCACACGUCGCAUUCUCGACGAGGACGAUGAGGACGACGACCAGCAACUGGAGAAGGAUCAGUCAAGAAAUGAUGAGCUUAACAAUGAAACGCCCUUGCUGCAGGGUCUCCGCUUUUUCAAAUUGAAUGGCUCCAUGACGCAAACGGAGCGACAGGCCGUAUUUCGGGGAUUCCGGGAGUGCGCCAACUGUGUCCUGCUGGCCACCGAUGUUGUCGGCCGGGGCAUCGAUGUGCCCGAUGUGAAGUUGGUGGUGCAAUAUACACCACCCCAGACAACGGCCGACUUUGUGCAUCGGGUGGGUCGAACGGCUCGAGCGGGACGCCGGGGACGCGCUGUGCUCUUCUUGGCGCCGAGCGAGGCGCAAUAUGUGCGUCAUCUGGAGAACAAGCGGAUACGCAUACAGCAGGGCGAUAUGUAUGGCUAUUUGGAGGCGCUGCUGCCGCGGGAUGCGGAGGCGCGAACCGUUCAGGAGGCGGCGUCCAAUUUACAGCACAAAUUCCAGUCGCUGCUCGAGGACGAUCGCGAACUGCACGACAAGUCCUGCAAGGCCUUUGUCUCCUGGAUGAAGUUCUAUUCGACGUUUCCCAAGGAGCUGAAGCCCAUCUUCAAUGUGCGCGCCACACACAUGGGCCACUUUGCCAAGAGCUUUGCCCUCAAGGAGGCGCCCAGUAAAUUUGCCAGCAAGUAUGCGGCACCGAAAGCAGCACCGCCCACCAAUCGUCUGACCUACACGGAGCGCGAUCCCGAGAAAGUGCAGCAGGCGAAGCGUGCCAAGCGGCGUCUCUACACAACAACGGUUAGCGGAGAUGUGCGCCAACUGCAGCAGCACCAGCAGCAGCCGGCGGGCGGUGCGGAUCGCAGAAAGAACGGACAGCACCAUCUGCCAGAGGGCGCCGGCAAGAGCAACUUUAUGAAAAGCCUGAACAAAUCAAGAGCCCUGACCAUAUCCGAGUUUGACAGCGGUCUGGAAUCCGUCGGAGCGCCCAAGCGGCGCAAACAGGCAUAGGAGCAUACGUGGGCGUUGAAGAUGAAGCUGUAGCUGUAGCCAUUUAUGCGGGCCAUUUUAGUUGGGCGCUGUUCAAGCGUUUAAUCGAAAUGAAAAUUGCUCGCCGACCACCGGAGGCCCAAAUGAAAAUGCUAAGAAGAAGCUCAACUCAUAAAAGUUUCAUUUUUCUCAACUUUUAAGCCCGGACGUCCUACGGGAAAAGUUGAGCUGCGUCCACUCACCCGCUCGCUCUCGCGUCCCGUCACGGCUGCAGCUAGCAUAUUUCAAGCUCAUCUUUACAGUUGGUUUUUUACACAUUUUUUCAUAGAUAUAGAUAUAUAUAUAUAUACUUUUUUUUUUACUUUAUGUAAAAUGUUUAAGGCAUAUAUUAGAAAUCCAUUUUCCGCUCACUGCAGAUUCAUUCAGUUUUGAAAAUGUCGAUCCCUGUGAACCGCACAGAGAGAAGAUAUGUGCGCGAGGGGGGAGGGGAGAGGGGAGGCACGUGUUGGCCGUCUUUUUGUGCAACUGAAGCGCGUAAUUUGUUGGACAAGCUAUAAAUAAAUAUGAAACAUAAGCGCAUAAAAAAUCAAA